AGUAAACAAGAGCAAAUUGAACUUGUUAUCGGUACACAUUUGCAGCUUCACGUAAGAAAUAUCGGCACUUAAAAUGUGUGCAAAAGGUGUGAAAGAAGAUUACGAGGAGGAACUUUGUGAAGCAAAUCAACUACCGGAUGCUCUUUUCAAGAAGCCUCAAGUUGUAGCACACGGAAUAGGAGAUCCUCAUCCUCAGCUGCAGGAAUGGAGCUCCGGAGUGCUGGAGGAGGAGUUGGAGCCACCUCACAUUAAAGAAGAGUGCCGUCCCAUUAAAGAAGAAGAGGAGGAAUGCGGGAUCUGUCAGGAGGGAGAGACGAUUCAAGAGUCGGAGGAUUCCAAUACCACUAAGUUGCCAGUGAAGCGUGAAGAUGAUAAUGAAGGUGAUGGAGACCAAUGUGGAGAAGGGUCACAAGCAGACAACCUCCUCUUAGCUCCACUAUCAGAUAGUGAGGCCAUAACCUCACACUCCUCUGACACUGAUGAACACACCAAUGGUGAUACGAUAUGUCCCUCUGAUAACAAAUAUGUGACAUGUUCCCAGUGUGACAAAACCUUUCCCAACAAGUCAAUGCUGAAAAGACACAUGAGAACACACAGUGGAGAGAAACCAUUUGCCUGCUCAAUUUGCGGGAAAACGUUCACAUGGAAGACAGGUAUGAUAAGACACAUAAGAACACACACUGGUGAGAAACCCUUUGUCUGCUCCGUUUGCGACGAACGAUUCGCUCAUAAGGAGCAACUGGGAAGGCACAUGACAACACACACGGGAGAAAAACAUUUCGCAUGUUCACUUUGUGGGAAAAUAUUCACAUGGAAGACUGGUUUGAUGAGACACACAAGAUCUCACACUGGGGAGAGACCCUUUGCCUGCUCAGUUUGUGGUAAAACAUUUAAUCAGAAGACAACUUUAAUAAGGCAUAUAAGAACACACACUGGGGAGAAACCUUUUGUCUGCUCAGUGUGUGGCCAAAGAUUCACCCAAAAGGGAAAUUUAGAAAAACACACAAGAAGUCACACUUUGAUUCUCCCCAGUGUCAACUUUCGCCUGCUUAAUCUGCCGCCUGACUUUCAAUAAUCGUACAGGAUUGGUUCAACUCAGCACACAAAAACCAGUUUUAUAUUCAUAUUGUGGGAAACCACCGUGAUAGACACACUGACAGCACACACAACAGUAGUAAUAUUCUGCUUGAUGAUUGAUUUUUGUUUCGGUUUUGUUAGUUUUAAUAUUUUUUCUUUUAUUAACAUAUGGAGUGUUUGUGGAAUACAAGAUGGAAAAAGGCUGUUUAAUAUUGUGUAAUAAAUUAAAGUACAAUUCCCAGUUUGAUUGCUUCUGUAUAUAAAUUCUCCAGAGCAAACCCCUCUGCUAAAAUUGUUCAGAAAUACCUGUCAUGAUAGUUUAAAGCAACAAUAAAUAGAUACCACAAAGUAUGACCCAAAAACAAACAAAUCUUAAUACCUUUUUAAUGUAUCACUUCAAUAUACUUCAUCGAGACGAAUAUAUAUUCCUACUUGGCGAGGAUUUGGCGCCGUCUCGUGGCAUGUUCUGGUAUAUAAAAUCCUAUACAAUGGAAAACGCCAAGAAGGAAACCCUUCAAAUGAUUUUAGCUGCACUGAGUAUGUGGCAAGAAAAGUGGCAUACUGAAUAAAUAAAAGUCAUUGU